GAAAAAGCAAUAGUUUUUGGAUAAUUUUUUAAUUGGUUCAGCGCAAUGUCGUCAAGCUCAUUACGGCGUCGUUUUUAAAGUACAGUCGGGACUGCCGUUAACGGCGGAGGGGAGCCCUAGUCAGUACCAAAUGUCGGAAGCAGCACCGUCACCUUCACCGCUCCGAGACCUUCUGCCCCGUUUAUCGACCGGAAUCGCGGAGUCUCUGGCCACCGUCCCCUACACUCCGCACCGAAGCUCCAACGUCUCCGUCAAAGCCUUUCUGGAACCCCUCCUCGGAACCAGCACCACCGUCAAAGACUUUGCUCUCGCGUGCGCUCUCAUUUCCUCUUCCACCUUCGAUUCCUCCGGCAUCCUCUCGUGGAUUCCCGGCCACCUCUCCGCUCUCGCAACCUCGUCCUUCUCCGAGCUCUCCCACGCUUACCUCGUCGAGUUCGGCGACCAAAACCGCGACCUCGCUGUUCCUCCGGAGAAGAGGUUGGUGCUAGAGUUGAUGCCAGAGGUUUUGCCGUUGCUGAAGGAGAGGAUUAAGGAGAGUUCCAUUGAUAACUCUGAUGAGAGCGACGUGUUCUCUGCAGCAUCAGCGAGAGCUCCCGUUGGUUUCGCCAUUCUCGCUGCUUUUCAGUUUAGGUGGUUUGUUACGCAGGUUGAUUAUCCUCAUUUGGGCAAGUUGUGUGGAUUGGUGAUGCCUUGUGCACUGACUGCUGUUGAUCAUUGGUCCCCGGCAGUGAAGGGACAGGGCAUGAUUAGCCUUACACAUGUCGGAAGAAACGUGGAUGCUGCUGAGGUUGGUGGGUAUGCGGAUGUGAUCCUGGAUGCCUGCUGCCAGAACACGGCUUCUGAUGAUGAGAUAUGGCACCAUGUGGUUGAGGCAUCUGUAGUCCUUGUGACUCUUACUCAGAGUAGUAAUCCUCGCAGUCCAUGGUUUGAAAGGAUGCUAAAUGAGAUGUUAAGUCACUUGGAGCGCCAGCCCAGAAACAAAGAGCGUCGCAUUGCAUGGCUGAAAUCUGUCGAUUCACUAUUUAAGGGAGUUGGUCUUAUGCUUUUAGCUCACUUCAGGCGCAUUUUUCCAUUAUUUUUUCAGUGGAUGCAUGCUGAUGACGAUGAGACUAUUAUUUUGGUUCUAAAAUGUACUCAUAGAAUUUUGAGACUGACAUGGAUUAGGAACUCACCAUUUGUUGCAAGAUUGGUAGAUGAACUUGCUCUUAUGCAUAAGGAGGCAGCAUUAAGAACAGCUCGGGAAGAGAUUAGAGCAAAUAUACGUCAUAUACUGAUCCUACUUCAAGAAAGCAAAGGCCUACAUUUUAAAGCGGCUUGGGACAAGCAUCGAUCUGAUCCAGAUUUGACCACUCUUGAUUUGUCAUUAAGUAGAAGAACUAAUACCAACCUCGAUACCAUGCCUUCAGAGGAUUGUCGUCAGCAGGGUUCAGUACCGGUUCAAUGAUAAGUUGAUAGCAUUUCUGAUUAUUUCAGUGUACCACAGGUUGAGUUCAUAUGGGUACAUGUAAUUAAAAACUAGAAAUCUUGUAGCGUGAAUAACAAUUAUGCAAAGUUUGAUUUUGUUUUAUAUUUGAA